AUGGAUGCCACACAUUUGACAGGGAGAUCUAGGUGUCUGUUAGUAGCAGCUGUUGCAGUGGAUGGUGAGAAUAGGCUAUUUCCAGUUGCUUAUGGAGUGAUUGAGACUGAGUCCAAGGAAAAUUGGACUUGGUUUGUCAAUAACUUGAAGAAGGCUAUUGGUACUCCUUCAGACUUGGUCAUUAGUACAGAUGCGGGGAAAGGAAUAGAGGGGGCUGUAGAUGAUGUGUACCCUGGAGUUGAACAUAGAGAGUGCAUGAGGCAUUUGUGGAAGAACAUGAAGAAAAAUGGUUAUAUUGGUGAGCUUUAUGGUAAGAAUAUGUGGGCUGCCGCUAAGAGCUUCACAAUUGACAAGUUCAAUUACUUUAUCGGAAAGAUAGAGGAGAAGGAUCCUAGUGCACUUGCUUGGUUGGAUGACAAUCAUCCAUAUUUGUGGAGUAGAAGCAAAUUCUUUGAAAAUUGCAAGGUAGAUUACAUCAACAAUAACCUCUCUGAGUCCUUCAAUAGCUGGGUGUCAAAAACAAAGGAUUUUCAAAUUGUGGAUAUGCAUGAUAAGAUAAGACAGAUGAUCAUUGGAAAAUUUGUUUUGAGAGCCAAGAUUGCUAGUAACGUGACAGGAACAAUCAUCCCAUCUAUCAUAGCAGCCCUAAAUGCUAAAGUUAAGAGUAUAAAGGACCAUGAGAUUUAG